AUGGUCCCCUUGCUUUUUGUCUUGUUCGCUUCUGCCGGCUCCCGCGCCUCAUCUCCACCGACGGCAGCUCUUGAGUUGCACGUCCGUUUCGCUUUCAAGCCCUCGACUGUGCUCGAGGCCGACGCGUUCUUCAUGGUGGAUUGGCAAGCUCCGGAGGUCAUUAACACCCAGCUAGCCAUUUUGCAGAAGACGGUCCACGCGCUCGCAGGAAUGUUCAUCUGGGAGUACUUCUCAACAUUGGACUAUGAGUGGGAGAUCAUUUCCCGCAAGCGACCAUGGAGAUGGACGAUGGCGAUCUACAUGUCAUGUCGAUUCUUCACCCUUGCGUCCUGCGUGACCGUGUUGACCGGCUUCGAUAUCCCUGUGCAUUUCGACUGUACUGGGUGGCUCCUCGCGACAUUUACGUUUUCUUAUAUGGCAUUGUCUCUCUCAUCACUCUUGAUUGUGAUGCGGUCAAUAGCAUUAUGGGAACGUCGACUACCCGUGGUUGCCCUUUCGCUCUCGAUCUGGCUCGUCAAUGUUGGAUUUCUGCUCUAUGGCAUUAUCACCGCUAAUGCCGAAUGGGAUCCUUCAACAAAGACAUGCAGCAUUCUCUCAACAGCGAAGAACAAGGAGAACCUCAUCUCCACGCUCAUCACUGACUUUCUGCUUCUGGCCAUCAUGUUGGGUGGCAUCGUCCGACAUAAACACGACGGCGGCCUGUGGAAGAUGAUCUGCCGACAUGGGAUUAUAUGGAUUGUGCUGUCAGCAUUUGCCGAGAUUCCUCCCACUGUCAUGGUUCUACUGAAUUACAAUGCCCCUUUGAACCUGAUGUUUCAGACACCAGCUUUAAUUGCUCUAACGAUCGGCUCCACGCGAAUGUAUCGCAACCUCCAGAAAUACGUCGACAAGGUCUUCGGUGGCCUACCAAACCUCAACGUCCCCUUAACACCCAACCACUACCCCUCCUUCAUCCGCCGAGACGCCCGCUUCUCCAACGUCCCAGCAUUAAUGCCAAUGUCCGCCGUCCGAGCCCAGCACCUCACCACCGUCGCAACCACCUGCGACUCGCACGGCUACUCCGAAUAUACCACCAUCACCAACCUUCGGCACAGCAUGCGACUCGCGCCCCAGGUACCGCAGAUCGACGUGCUUUUGGAGAUUCCGGGGAAGAGCGGGGACGAUUUGUCUACAGAAAUUUCGUCGAUUUUGACGGGGUUUGAUUCGAGGGGGGAGUUGCCCGGUUAUACGCAAACACAUAGUACGCUCAUGCAGCUUGAGGGUCGGGAUCGGGAUGAAAUUCGCCCUCAGCUUCCUCCUCCGCCUCCUCAGCCUCCGCGUCCAAGUAUCCCGCCACCGUCUGCUGCGCGGGCGAGUAUUAUCAGAACUGGGCCGCCGAAGCGUUCGAGCUGUGCUCGGGUGUCGUUUCAUGGGUGAAGUGCUGGUGCACGGUUUGUAGCCUUUGUCGAACUUUUUUUACCCGCCGCGUCGGAUGCUGUAUCUUUAUUUUGUAUUCUAUGUAGCCCACGUUUUCGUUCACGUCGCACGCCACUCAUCUCAUGGACUCGGAAUGACAUGGAAGCCAGUCUUCUCGUAUGCCAAUUCUAACGAUAGGUCGUUCGAUAAGAUCAAGGAACGAUGGGCACUAUGAAUUCCAAUCGGCGAAGCUCUUCACCAUCCACCGAUCGCAGUUGUUCUUCGGGUGCGGCCAGAAUAUAACCUGAAGAUGGAAGAUUCGAUAACUGAAACGCAAAUGUCAGUAGAAGAGUGCACAUACCUUCGUCGCAUUCCCGCGAUUGCCACCCUCAGUGGGUUUCAGAGUACUGUGAACGCUGUUGAUGCUAGGACAUAUAUGGAGGUCAGACGGUAGGCGGCGGAGAAUUUGGCGGGUGGCAUAAACCUGGAAGCGAGGGUGCGAGGGCUCAUGAAAACUCUGGGAGUAGAUGGGGAGACACAGUUGACGGACCAGACUUGUAAGGAGUUGUGUCAGUCAGGUUUGGUGGUAGAUUUGAUGUUCCUUCCGUACUGUGGGUUGAAGGACUAUGUCGCUGCUAUGUCGG